AUGAGUGCCGGUAAGCAAGCACAAUAUGAUCACCUCAAGGCUCUGCCAACUCCGCUUAAAAACGGGACUGAAUUGCAGUAUGUUCCAUCUGAAUACCAGUUACUUGAUCAUCACAUGUUCGACCGACCCGCAUUUCGGGUCCACUGUCAGCGUCUUCUCUACUUCGUCCUCUUCUACGCCCUUCUUGCAGCCUUCUUCUUCAACUACAUGAGUUGGCUAAUGUACUUUCAGGUAUCACGUGACUACCCAAGGUUGACGGGUACUCACAGUGCCCUAAGCAUGAAUCCCGGCCUCAGCUUCGUGCCUCAGCCGAAUAUCUUUACCAGCCUCAUUCACAUGGAGACAAGCGUGCCCCUGUCGGUAUCAUCAUUGAGCGACUACAUCACGGCCUUCCUGCACUCCUAUCAGGACAACACCGGCUGCACCGAGAGGGAGGACUGUGUGAAGGAAGGCGGUCUGAACCAGGAUCCAGAACGUCCUUGUGCCUAUGACGUUAGUGCUGGGGGACCCUGCAACAUGAUUAGUGGUUUUGGUUAUGACGCGGCGCAACCCUGUUUCGCCCUGAAGAUGGGAAAAAUUUAUGGUUGGUUGCCUGACCCGGUGGACGGAGCGGACGGUGUGCUGGUACGGUGUGAGGGUUACAAUGAGGAUGACACCAACCACCUCGGAGUCAUUCGUUACUUCGAUAUGGACUACAAGUUCUCGGCACUUCCACCGGGAAUAAAUCCCGGCAAGUUGGGCAACGGCACAUUUCGAUCCAUGUACUUUCCCUAUCGGAAUCAGGCUUGCUACCACCAACCGCUGGUGUUUGUGCAGUUUGAUGGUGUGACGAAGCAUACCCUCAUUCGAGUGCGAUGUUACUUGAUUGCAAAGAAUAUUCACGUGGACUUUGGACGUGGUGAAGGCAGUGUCUCGUUUGAAAUACUCGCUGAUUAG